UAUUACACUAUCUCAAUACAAACUCUUUAAAAAAUUGAACUUUAAAAAGAGACGAUUAUUCUUGUAGUUGAUGCAUUAAUCCUUAGAGUAAAACAGAAAAUAUUGUUAAUCGCAGAAUUAUUCUCAUUGGUAUUUUCUUUGACAUUUUUGAGUAUAAUAUUUCGUAUAUUUCACUAGGAACCCAAGAUUAAAUUACCUGAACCAGAAUCAACUACGGAAUCUCCUUGGGCAAAGGUAGAAAUAAUCAUUCUCAAAUUAGUCAUUGUUAAACUUGUUAAAUAAAUUACACACCUAACCAAAAACACUUUACAUUGUUAGGAAUCUGAUGAAACUCAGAAACCACAACCAGAACUUAAAACACCAAAACAGUCUUCAUUCUUCGAGAGAAGGAUGUCAAGAGAAAGAGAGGGACUCGAAAGUAAGACCGCUGACCCGGAAUCUACUCCGGACGAUCCAUGGGCCGCAUGGACUAAGGGUACUGACGACAGACCACAAUCAGAACCAACAACUCCAAAACAAUCUUCGUUUUUCAUGAGAACAAUGUCGAGGGAAAGAGAGGAACCAGAGAGUCCAAUAAAAGAACAAUCUGGACCUUUUGUGGAACCCUUGAAGAACGAAAUACAAAAUGCAAAGGACUCAAAGGCUGAACCUAAAGUUGAAAGUAAACCUGAUCCAAAACCAAAUCUAUAUCCAUGGCGAAAACAAAGAGAGGUACCCAGUUUCUUGACUCCUGAACCGGAAACAAAAGAGGAAACGCCGGUGGUACCAUUCUCAUGGCAGGUCAUUCCUGAAAUUCCACAGGCCGAACAAACACCAGAGUUAGAAGACAAAUAUAAACCAACAUUACUUGAGACACCAGAUACUACUGCUCCUUGGCGCAGGGCAAAGUCCCCGCAGGCUGAAACGACUGAAGGCAAAGAUGAAAAUAAACCAGCCACAUUAGGAUUACCACAGCCCGCUUAUAGCAGCAGACCUCAAACGCCUGAAGAGGUAUACAUUGGCACCCACAGUGUAACUGCAUUGGAUAAUUUUUCUACGCACUAAGAUGUAGUUCACAGGAGUUUGGUAGUACUAGCACUUUGCACAAGCACCCGUAAUUCGCACAAAUCUAAAAUAAUGGUAUCUGACUAGAUAAUAAGGUAGUAGAGUAUUGUAGUUGCACUGUAUCUUAGUUAAUUUGUAGACAAUAAAGAAGCACUUUUCUAUGAUAAUAAUUUUAUUUUAUCCUAAGUUUUGUAUAUAGUUAUGUAAAUAUUAGUGCACAAAAAAGUAGUACAUUAACGUGUGAAAAGCAAUGUUUGCCAAAACUAACAGAAACCUAUUCUAUAUUUAGAUCUACGAAU